AUGACUGAAUAUGAAUAUUAUUAUGAUCAAUAUCGUCGUAUGCCAAGACAUCCAUCGGCUAUUCAAAGAGACUUAGUUGAUUAUCAUUCGACAAUAUCUACAGCAACUUAUAAUAUGUGGUCUACAACUGACAAAAGACCUAUUACAACUACUUACAUUGAUGGAAGCACAUUAUUAGGUCUUCAUGAACGUCAAUAUAGCAUGAAAGGCUUAUUUCCAAAAGGAAAAAGUCGACGAAAACCAUCUGUUCCAUGUGAGAAGAAAAUAAAUACAGGUGAUGCUUUUAUGUCAUUAGUACCAGCUGAAAAGACAAUUUUUGAUACAGCUACAGUUCGAUCAGAAAAAACUCGAUCACCUUUAUCAAUGGCUACAGCAACACAAUGUUCAACUUUACCUGAUGUACGACAAAAAAGUAUUGAUAUUCGAAGUAGUCGAAUAUAUAGUGCUACUAUAUUUGAUGAUGAUAAUAGUGAAGCUAAAUUUUAUGGACGUUGUGCAACAACAUAUGCUAAUGGUGGUUGGGUACAACGAUAUAAAUCUAUAAAUCAAUCCCAAGUAUUAACUGAUUUAUUACGCGAUCAAACAAAUAGAGAUAAAAAUAUAUUUAAAAAACGAUCAUGUCAGCAAUUAUUUCAUUCAUCAUCUUCAUCAUCAGCAUUUACUUCUUCAUUAAUUAGACGUAGACGAGCGAAAUAUUGA